CGAGAUUUGCAAUGGCCGCCCCCAUCUGAAUGAGGUGGACGUCUGAAUUUACUUCAAUUUUUUGCUAAUUCUAGGUAAUCUACAAGAGUUUGAAAAUGAAGACUGUACUUAUGGUAGCAGAGAAGCCAUCCUUGGCCCAGGCCUUGGCGAAAAUUCUCUCAAACGGAAACAUGAAUAGCAGAAAAGGCUCAAAUGGUGCUUGCUCCAUUCACGAAUACAACGGCAAGUUUCUCGGCGAGACUGUACGCUUCAAGAUGACAUCCGUGUGCGGCCAUGUUAUGAGUCUAGACUUCAUUGGGAAGUACAACAACUGGGACAAAGUUGACCCGGCAGAAUUGUUUCAUGCUCCAACGCAGAAGAAAGAGGCUUCAGUUAAUCUCCACAUGCCCAAGUUCCUGGAAAAAGAGGCUAGAGGAUGUGACUACCUGGUGCUAUGGUUGGAUUGUGAUAAAGAAGGUGAAAACAUUUGCUUUGAAGUGAUUGACUCUGUUCAGCAUGUCAUGAACAGGUCAAGAGGUGAUCAGACCAUAUACAGAGCCCACUUCAGUGCUAUAACUGAGGCAGACAUCAAGAGGGCCAUGGCUAACUUAGGCAGCCCGAACAAGAAUGAAGCAAUGUCUGUGGAUGCCAGACAAGAACUAGAUCUGAGAAUUGGAUGUGCUUUUACAAGAUAUCAAACCAAGUUUUUCCAAGGGAAGUAUGGAGAUCUGGACAGCACUUUGAUAUCCUAUGGACCAUGUCAAACACCUACCUUAGGGUUUUGUGUGGAAAGGCAUGAUAAGAUUCAAUCUUUUAAACCAGAGCCAUUCUGGGUCAUACAACUCCCUGUGACCCACCCUAGUGGUAGAACCCUCCACCUGGACUGGGACAGAGUAAGGAUAUUUGACAAGGAAGUAGCACAAAUGUUCCUUAACAUUGUGAAAGGAGCUGACAAGGCCAGAGUUGUAAAUAUUGUUAACAAGGAAAAGACCAAAGCCCGUCCACAGGCACUGAACACAGUAGAGCUACUGAGAGUUGGUAGCUCAGGUCUUGGAAUGGGUCCCCAGCACACCAUGCAGAUAGCUGAGAAACUGUACACUCAAGGAUACAUCAGCUACCCCAGAACUGAGACAACAGCUUAUCCAGAAAACUUUGACUUGAAAGGGACACUGAGGCAGCAGAUGAACAGCUCAGACUGGGGAAAAGAAGUGAGGGAACUGCUGGAACAGGGCAUUAAUAAACCCAAGAAAGGAACAGAUGCUGGUGAUCAUCCUCCUAUCACACCCAUGAGACCUGCCACAGAGUCUGAAUUGGGCCAUGAGGCCUGGAGACUGUAUGACUACAUUACAAGGCAUUUCAUUGCUACAGUGAGUCCCGACUGCCGCUACCUGCAGACUACAGCAUAUUUUGAAGUUGGAGCAGAGAAGUUCACCUGUACUGGCAAAACUCUGCUCAGUGCUGGUUUUACUGCAGUUAUGACUUGGCAGGCCAUCACUGGGGAUGAAAACAUGCCCAACUUUCAGGUGGACCAGACCUGCAGCAUAGAGGAAGUCCGUCUAGUAGAGAAGCAGACCAGCCCUCCAGAUUAUCUGACUGAGUCAGAACUGAUCACACUGAUGGAGAAACACGGCAUAGGCACUGAUGCCAGCAUACCUGUCCAUAUCAAUAACAUUAGUGAGAGGAACUAUGUCAGUGUCAUAGGGGGCAGGAAGCUCAGACCAACCCCUCUGGGGAUUGUGUUAGUUCAUGGCUAUCAGAAGAUUGACCCUGACCUUGUGCUUCCCACCAUGAGGUCAGCUGUGGAGCAGCAACUCACUCUCAUUGCACACGGACGGGCCAACUUCGAUGCCGUGUUGCAGCAUGCGCUGAAAAUCUUUGAGAUGAAGUUCAAAUACUUUGUGCAAAAUAUUCUGGGGAUGGAUGAGCUGUUUGAGGUCACUUUCUCCCCUCUUGCUGCAAGUGGCAAGCCCCUGUCAAGAUGUGGCAAGUGUAGAAGGUACAUGAAGUUUGUCCAAGCUAAACCUAGUCGUCUGCAUUGCUCCCAGUGUGAUGAGACAUUCAGUCUUCCACAAAAUGGCAGCAUUAAGUUGUACAAGGAGAUAAAAUGUCCACUGGAUGACUUUGAGAUGGUUUUAUGGACCACAGGGUCAAAAGGAAAGUCAUAUCCAUUAUGCCCAUACUGCUAUAACCACCCUCCAUUCCGUGAUAUGCGCAAGGGUAUGGGAUGCAAUGAGUGCACGCACCCCACGUGUCCACAUGCUCUUGGUCAGAAUGGUGUGGCAUCUUGCGUGGAAUGUGAGAAUGGAGUACUAGUCCUGGACCAGUCUUCUGCGCCCAAAUGGAGGAUGGCCUGUAACAAGUGUAAUAUAGUGAUUAACAUGGGAGAAAACAUCCACAAGAUUGCCUUGUCUGAUGAUACUUGUGAGGACUGUGAUGCCACCAUCUUGGAUUUUGACUUCAAUAAGGAGAAAUCUCCACUAGAAGAUGGCGCUAUAGAACACUCGGGUUGUGUGUUCUGCGACCCCAUCUUAAGACCUCUCCUUGGCAUCAAGUACGCCUCAAUGAAGAGAAGAGGAGGAGCACCAAGGGGGCGGCCAGGAGGGAGAGGCAGGGGGAGAGGGGGGCGUGGUAGGGGAAGAGGGAGGGGAAAACCCAAGGACAAAAUGUCACAGUUAGCUUCUUAUUUUGUAUAAGUUCUGUUAUUGUAG